AUGGCGAAGGGCCCGAAGUCGAAGCACUGCAGCGUCUGUAACAAGUGUGUGGCCAGCUUCGACCAUCACUGUCGCUGGCUCAACAACUGUGUGGGAAGCAGAAACUACAAGUUUUUCCUACACAGCGUGGUCUCAGCUCUGCUGGGUGUUUGUCUGGUUCUGGUUUUCUCUUCGUACAUCUUUAUAGAAUUUUUUCUGGACCCAUCCAAACUUCGCACGGACAAACAUUUCCUGGUGAGGAAUGAGACGGGUGUGUGGUUCGUCUUCCUCCCUGUGGCCCCUCUUAGGUCAGCAGCAGCGGUUAUUCCUUGUCUUGCUGCUGUCACCAUCGCUCUGGGUCUGCUGUCUUCCGUGCUACUCUGCCACCUGCUCUGCUUCCAUAUUUACCUGAUGUGGAACAGACUCAGCACAUUUGAGUACAUUGUACGACAGCGCCACCGUCUAGACGGCAGAGACUCAAAGAAACCAGCUUCGGUGAAGGAAACUGGACUGCCCCCAUUUGUUCAGGAUGUGAACUACUCAGGGACUCUGGGUUACACCAACCCUCAGCUGGAUUUGGAAGAGCCGACCGCUGUGGCUGUGCAUGGCGACACAGACUUCCUGCCUAAUGGCAAAGUAAGGAGUGUGUCCAGCCCUGUCAUGGAGGAAGAGGCUCUGCCCACCGUUUCUACAGAGCUGAAAACAGUAACGCACAUACACCAACAAACACAGAAGAAGAAAAAAAAGAAAAGAAAGAUGCACAGAGUUCCAGCAGAGGUCACCAGAGAGCGCUGCUUGGUUGUAGCACCGCCCCCAGAAUCAAGUGGUGUGUCUACUGUGUCUCUGGCUCAGCGGCUUCCUUUCCCAGCAUUCCCAAUGAGGGUCUCCCUCCCCCCUUUGGCUGCUUCAGGCCCCGUUCAAGCUGCCGCCCCUCCUGCAGCAUACAACUCGGACUCAGCAGAGUCUUUGGAAGAGAUUCCAGUGGCGUUGGCCAAGCUGGGCUCCUUGUCCUCUGCUCCUGCCGGAGAUAUCACCACAUUUUCACACAGGCCCGUCUUGGCGUUCUCCCAGCCCUCCCCGCUCCCCAGGACUAAGAGGAAGGCCCUCGCCUCUAGAGUAGAGCUGAAGUUUGAAAUGGCGUCCACUCAUUCUCCCUCAGUGUUUGUCAGUCGGGCCAGCGGAGACAUCACUCACCCCUGGGAGAAUGGCUACAGUCUGGGGAGGACACAGACCGGGUUCAGACAUGGACUCGGACCCAGACCUAUAUCUCGGACGUCUCUGGGUUCAGGGACAGGCUCCUGGAUAGAGCAGUGA